CCUAUUUCCGUACACAAAGGCUCUGCUGAUGACGUGUACACUCCACUACCGUUAGCUAGCUAGCUGGCUAGCUUAGCCACCUGUCAGAAUAACGGCAUUAUUAAUGAAAUAACGUUACAACGCAUAGGGAAAAACAGCGCUUUAACAAAUCACGGAAGAUGGAGACGCUUUAUCACCAGACAAACAAGCAAAUCCAGGAGGUGCAGUCUUUGAUGGGAAAUCUGGAAAAGACGGACCGCCAGUCAGUACACUUGUUAGAGAAUGAGCUGCAGGCGAGAAUCGACCAGAUCUUCAAUCAAUUAGAACGCCUCGAGAUCCUGGCCAGCAAGGAGCCACCAAACCGCCGCCAGAAUGCCAAAUUGCGAGUGGACCAGCUUAAGUAUGAUGUCCAACACCUUCGGACCGCCCUGCAGAAUUUCCAGCACCGACGCUAUGCUAGAGAGGCCCAGGACAGAGAGAGGGAGGAACUCAUGAACCGUACCUUCACAACCAAUGACGCAGAUACCUCCAUUCCCAUAGAUGAGACCCUACAGUUAAACUCCAACUUGCACAACGCACACAGAGGCAUGGAUGACCUCCUGGGCAGUGGCAGUAGCAUCCUCAACGGCCUCAGAGAUCAAAGAUCCACUCUGAAGGGGACCCAUAAGAAGAUGCUGGAUGUGGCCAACAUGUUGGGGCUGUCGAACACAGUGAUGAGACUAAUAGAAAGGCGAGCGACCCAAGAUAAGUUCAUCAUGAUUGGAGGCAUGCUGGUGACCUGCGUCUUCAUCUUCCUGGUAAUCAGAUACCUGGGCUGAUUGUCAUCCAUCCGCAGCGGCCGUUUUUUGAUCAGUCGUGGACAUUUCUGCAGCACAUCAUCCAUCAUGAUAGGAAAAGUGGCAGAACUGAAUUUUUAACAUCUGAUUUCAGUAAUUUUUUUUAAAAUAAAGUGUGCCAUUGUAGUUUGUUUUCCACCAUUUAAAUUAUUUUGGGCACCUGCAAAACGGUAAGGUUGAAGAAGACCUUAAUUACAUUCAGUAUUUUAUUCCACUUGGAGCUUCAACAGAACAUUGGACUUGAUGAUAAUAGGUCUGCUCCAUUAUCUAGUCUUUUUUAUCAAAACCACUCUGAAACUGUAAAUCACUGUUGCGACUACCCAAAUGGCUUUUCAGAAAUUUGUCAGAGCAUUACACUCAGCUUGCGUUUGCCUCCAGUGAAAAGCUAUUUGUUUUGUUCCUGUCAGUAAUGUUGUCAGUGUCAUUCUGACUUCUCAGUUCAUGGACAAAUAGAAAUACUCAUGUAGAAAUGCUUACAGUGCUCCAUGUUUCAUUAUACUGCAACUCAGGGUGCUCCCUGAAAAAAUUCUUUUGUUUUAUGAUGAACAGAACAGUGCCAACAAGAAUCUGUUCAGAAAGACAAUGAAAGCAGCAGUUAAUUUGACAGUGUUCAUAUUAUUUAUCUUGUAUUAAAAGGGACAGUUCACCUAAAAAUUAAAAAUACAUAUUUUUACUAUUAACCUGUAGUGCUUUUUAUCAAUCUUGAUUUUUUUUUUUAGUUGCCAAAUGUGAUGUCUGCCUUCUCUCCAAUACAAUGUUGUGAUCAGUUUCAUGUAGGGCCUGUUUUCUUUCUACUAAAUUACACUGACCAAGCUUAUCACCGCGCAGAACAACGCGUGCAUCUAGUCAUGCACAAGAGGUUCGUGCUCAUGAUGGCAUGAUGAAAAAAUAAUUGGCGUCUUCCUCUGCUGAACUGUAACAUUAGCCAGCUCAGUGGUGCCACAUGAGCUGGCAAUAGCCGAUAGCUAUUAACUAAUCCAUUGAUGCACACUUCCGUCUGUGUGGUGAUGCGGUCGGUGGAUCUAUUUUGGUAGAGAAAAUAGUUCCUGCAUGAAACUGCUCACAGCAAGGUUUUGAGUAAGGUAGUAGGGUCAUGACUUCUAGAAAGAGACGUUGCUGUUGAGGUUUUCAAAUGUAUUUCUGGUGCUUUGAGCACAAGCCCAGUGCCAUUUAGUUUAAUUAUAUUGGAAAGAGGGCCAAAAUCUUCAACACUUGGCAACUCACACCAAAACAAUGUAAAUUCAUAAGGUUGACCCUUGCGUACCUGGUGGAUUGUAUAGGCUGAGGCCUUAGCAAUGGUGCUGAUUUGAUUCCGACCUCUGUCUCCCAACUUUCCUGUCUAUCUUCGCUGUCAUAUCAAUAAAGAUCGAUAAUCAAUUUAGAUCGAUAAAUAGGACUACAGGUCAAAAGGAAAACAUGUAUUUUUGAUUUGGGGUUGAACUGUCCCUUUAAGCUUGGGUCUAGUCUCACUAUGUUAGUGAUUUAAUUCCCUUCAUAGAAUAAAAUGUUUCAUCCCCCUUGGUAUAUCUUCAUCAAAUGACUGCUGGAAACAGAAACAAAGUUCAAACUCGGGGGUGUUUUACUCUGCUGCUUAAUUGCCUCUGUUGAUAUACUGCUUUCACACGUAUAUUCGAGGCAACCAAGGCACCAUCUAGUGUUUCAAUUUUGACACUUACCCCUGCAGGGACUGCUUGGCUUCUUCCAGAUGAAGCGUUGCAGGUGUUUUCAUCCCUCUGACUGCCGGGUGGUUAAAAGUUUAAAUGUUUACAUGUCAGUUUUGUUCCCUCUACAUAUUAUGGAAAAACACACAUGAACUCAAGAUUUUAUUUGCUGAAACAGUAAGUUUUUAAAAAAUACAGAGUUGCUACUGUUUGACAAACCACUAUCCUUUACCAUCCCAGCCCAUCUUAACUGGGCUAAUUAAACAAACGUGAUAAAAUACAUACAUGUGACCAGCUUCCAUCCAUCUCAUCGUUCUGUUUUUUUUUUUUUUCCAAUACCAAACCUCUAAAAUGUUAAUAGGUUAAUCUACAGCAGUUUUAUUUACAAAAUUACACAAAAGCAAAACACAGCCCUUCUUUUGAAGAGCAUUUUGGAAAAUAAUUUAAAAACAGAAAAAUACAAUUAUUGCAGUAUACUACAAUCUUAUUGUUACAUGAUGCAAACGCACCAUCUCCAUGUACAGAUUUUCAGUGCAAUUUUUUUCAGGUGCACCCUCACCACAGGGAACAUGAACUUUGCCUCAGAGCAUCAGGGAUGUUACAACCCCUUACAUCACAUCUCCCCCUUGCUUAGAGAGGGGGUUCUUAUGUCAUACCGAUUUGGACACCAUAGCUGUAAUUUCAUAUGGUCAUCAUUGGUGGGAUUCUUCACAUUACACACUGAUAUAUAUGUACAAGUUACUGCAUUACAAAUUAUUUGAUAAUCCAAUAGAGAGCAAGUAGUCAUAUGAGAACAUAAACAAUAUCAGUAAAUAUGAAGUAGUCUGUCUCUGAAGGUUACAUUACAGAGUCGAAGCCAUUUGCCUACCUCAUACUCCUCUUAACAUGAUCAGCUCAUAGCUCCAGCCAAUACGUCUCUCUUUGGCUGCCAAAAUGAGCAGAAAACUGUGAGAAUAAUAUUUCUACAUGAAAAA